AUGCUGUGCCGCUCGCUUCUUCUCAGCUCCUUGGCUCUUUCAGUCUUGGCGGGCUUGCCUGAGCUGAGCAAGGAGAUGAACGCGGGUGCCAGCAGGAUAAGGAAAAGCAGGACGGACGAUAGAUUGCAUGCACUGGCAAUCAAGCCUGAUACAACACCCGCCGUUCCAGAUGAUUCAGGGCCCCCCAGAAAAAAAAGGCGCAUAGACAAGGAUAUUUUACCUGAAAGGCGUUCACGCAUACUUGAAAGUUGGGACGUGAAUCAAGAAAAGGUUGAAAUGCUUCACGAGUAUUCCAAACAGAUUGCAGUCUUGGGAAAGAAGCUGAAGAGAUAUCUUUCUGAUGUUGAGCAUGGUGCCCCGCAUCUCCAAUCCCAGCAGGUCUUUGAGGCAAGACAACUACUUGAACAAUCCGAGAAGAAUAUGCAAGACCUCAAACAAUGGAAGCUGUUGCAGUUCGCAAACAUCAAGACAUACUUCUCACCCAAUGAGCUCACCGAAUGGCUGAUUUCAGCCGGGACUAACACUCACUCCAAAACAUCCGCCGCUCAACCCGUAAUCCCAAUUGAAGUGUCGUCAACAGUCUUUGAGAAGUACCUCCAAAGAUUUGGGAAUUUGGUUUUGAAAGACGUGAUGAAGCUGCUCACCGACCACAGAAACCUGUUCGAUGAUCCACACAUGAAGAGAAACUUGAGAAGAGCAGAUUUUUCCACAGCGUGGAAAUAUGCAAGCAAGUUUGUAGACUUUUUGUUUGAGAAUGGACUCAUCACUGCCGGGAUGGUGAGAGAGAUGUUUGAAGACGACAAGAUAGUGAAAGAAGCCAUUUUCCACACCUCAAAUUACAUCAAUCGCCAUGGUUUUUUCACCACUUUGGCCCAGCAGCCAGUACGAUUCACAACACAUUGGUACUGGCUUUGCUUCAACAAGUAUCAUUCAGCUUUGGGGAAGAAGGAAGAAACCAUUCUGGACUUGGUUUCCCACGUAGAAUAUGUCAUGAAGAUUGGCCAAGAGUUGAUGGAAGAGAGGGAAUCAACAUAUGCGGAAUCAGAAUAUCAUUCAAAGGCCAAAGCUCUAUUGAGAAAUUGGCAAGACGUUUCAAAAAGAUUCUCAACUGAAAACUACUUCAGCAAAUUAAAAGAUUUACUAGCAGCCAACGGUGAUCCAACAUAUUCAGCAAGAAAAGAUGGACUUGGUGCUCCAAUGGUCGUUGAUCCUUCUGGAUUCAAAGAAGAAAUGGUUAGCAUGAUUACACAUCUGAUCAUGGACUGCCCUGAAAUCUCUCUUGCAAGAUACGGCAACAAUGAGAAACUCUUGAGAGCAAUUUUUGUUCUCUUGGGAUACAUUGAAUCUAACUUGUGUCCUGGAAUCAUCCAUGGAGUGAUACAAAAUGUCCCAUUCCCGCAGCUAAUCCGCAACACAGAAUCAAGAAUCAAAGACUACCAACCAUCUGAUCUUGAAGACAUAGUGAAGCUAGUUUCACUUGCCUCAAGCUCAUACAACACCUCCUUGCUUGCUCUCACCUAUCACCAUUUCUAUGAGGAGAACGAUUUCAUGGCCAGGUAUGGCUGCAAGUUUGAGUUAGAAAUCUUCCAAUCAUAUCAAAAGAUGAAGGAUGAGAUCAAAUCUGAAUAUAGAGAAACUUACGACAGGGUGUGUGUCAAAAAUCAAAGUAUGCCUUUAAUUAUAUAUCAGAACUUCCAUGAUUGGAUGAGGCACAGAUAUGCUUCUACGUGGUUUUAA